UCAGGAGGAAGGUCUUUUGCUUGCUUCAGGAUAUCAGACCUGCUUUUAAACUGGACUAUUUUGGCUUCCCUUGUAAGAACUCUGGUGGCUCUCUUGGCCGUGCAAGCUCCUAGACUCCACAGUACAUGGAAAAAUGCAAGCUUUACCAGACGUGAAAGCGCCGUGCGAGGCACUGUCUUCCCCGAGCCUGGAGCCCUACCCGCAGAGCUCCAUUGUGGUCACCCUCGAGGACAUGGCGCUCUGGAUGAAGUUUCAUCAGAUAGGAACCGAGAUGAUCAUCACCAAAUCUGGCAGACGAAUGUUUCCACAAUGCAAAAUCAAAGUCUCCGGCUUAAUCCCGUAUGCCAAGUACCUCAUGCUGGUAGAUUUUGUGCCAAUGGACAACUUCAGGUACAAGUGGAAUAAAGAUCAGUGGGAAGUUGCUGGAAAAGCAGAGCCACAGCUCCCUUGUCGCACCUACGUCCACCCAGAUUCCCCAGCUCCUGGCAGCCACUGGAUGAAAGAACCCGUCUCCUUCCAAAAACUGAAGCUCACCAACAACACUCUGGAUCAACAUGGGCAUAUCAUCCUCCACUCCAUGCACCGUUACAAGCCUCGCUUCCACAUUGUGCAGGCAGAUGACCUCUUCAGUGUCCGCUGGAGCAUCUUCCAGGUCUUCAGCUUCCCCGAGACUGUCUUCACCUCUGUCACUGCCUACCAGAAUGAGCAGAUUACAAAGCUCAAGAUUGACAACAAUCCGUUUGCUAAAGGUUUCCGUGAGCAUGGGAAGAACACUCGAAGGGAAGGACGAGCCAAAUGCCAGAAGCCUAGUCCAGCCAAAGGCCAGAAGAGGAAGCUGCCUGAGGAAAAGGAGUCCAGUGCUGAAGAACGUGAUUUUGAGAAAGAUGAGAUUGCAGAUGUGAAGGAGGAGAGCAACCCCGUCGUGGAGGAGCAGAGAGGCAGCCAUGCCUUUCCUGCAGCAUCGCCGGUGCCAGCUGACCAGAGGGAGGGCCUGCCCAGAGAGCAGCAAGUGCCCACGCCAUCCUACCAGACGUAUCGGUUCCACGAAGCUGGGGACAGCCAGCAGCUUCCCACCCGUGACACCGCAACCUUGAAUGAUUUCCGUGCAAGGUGCCACCCCUUGGAUCUCGCCACAGUGCCCGACCACGACUCCAAACAGCUCCCAGAGGGCUUCACCAACCUGCCUGCACUCCCCCCACCUUUGCCUCCUCCUCAGGACUACACAGGAGUGGUGAACAUGGCUCUAGACUCUGUCGGGAAACCCGGGCCCCGAGCGCCCAUGUACAGUCCCUACGGCACCGAGCAAGGUCUUGGCCAGUGGAUGGUGCCUUCCCACAGCCAGUACAGGGCCAUGAGCUACUCAGCCUUCUCCACAGAGUACAAUACACAGGGGCCUCCAGGACAUGCCCACGGCACCAUGGCAGAGUGGAGCCAGUACCCUCUGUUCCCCUAUGCCUGCUGGUGA